AUGGCAACUACAAUUCAUGAUGAUGAAAGUCUUGUAGAAAGAAAUGAAAUUUUUUAUUCAAAUACAAAUAUGUUUGAUGAUGAACCAUUGUAUAAAAAUUUUACAAUGAUUCAAAAUAUUUUACAAAAUCAAAAUGAUGAAAAACAAUUAAAUAGCCAAAUUCAUUCAACUGAUUAUAUAUAUCGAGCUAAUCGUAUUGAAAUAGAACUUUCUUCAUCUUAUUAUAAUCAUUCGAAUGAAUUAAUUGAUGAAAAUUAUCAAGAUUCAUCCGAAAAUAUAAAUGAAUCUAUAUGUAAUUUAACAAAAAUUGUUGAAGAUAUUGGUUAUAAUCCUAAAUUACCGUAUAUACAUUCUUCUUUUAAUAAUACUAAUAAUGUAUUUUCAAAUACAAGAUUACAACUUGAUGAAACUCAUGAAUCAGCUUUUAAUACAUGGCAUCCAGUAAAAUAUCAAUGUUCUACAUCAAUGAUUCAAUAUAAACCAAUAAUUGAUAUGAAUAAAGAAACGAUUGAAGAAUCGAAUGAUAGUCAAUCAAAUAUAAUUAUUCCUUCACCUGUCUCAAUAAAUUUCAUACCUAAACAAAUUGAUGAAAAAUUUUUAAAAACACAAAUUGAACAAAUCUAUGGUAUCGAUGAUAUUGAUACAACAAAUUCAAUAUUAAGUCAAAGUUCAUCAACGAAUGAAAUAAAUUCAUUUUCUGAUCAAACAUUAAAAACAAUUGAUAAUUUAAAAUGUAAACAACAAAUAACUAUACGUGAAUAUUAUCCAACUAGAGAAAUAUCAUCAACUAUGGCACAUCGAUCAUUAUCAUCAUAUUCAUCUCAACAAACAAUUAAUGAUAAUGAAUAUGAAGAAUUUAUUCAUAAUCAUCCAGAAUUAAAUAAUGAUUCAAAUCCAAAAAUUAUACAAAAAUCAAAUUCAGAUGAAAUAACUUAUAAACAAAAAAUUUCUGUUCGUUAUCUUAUUCCGCCAACACCUCCUCCAUCUGGACCAUUAAUUAUUCGAGAAAUUAUUCCUCCACCUCCACCAUCACCAUCACCAUUAAUCGUUAAUCAUGAGAACAUAGAACCUACUACACCAUCUCCAUAUAUUUUUCGUGAAGCUCCACCAACACCACCACCUUAUGAAGAAACUAAAGUUAUAACUAAAGUUCUACCACAAGAACCAUCAUCAUCACAACGUAUUAUCUUUGAACGUAAUGCACCGUUACCACCAAAACCUCAAUCAAUUAUUAUUGAAAAAUGGUUACCAUAUAAACCACCACCACCACGAGAAGUUAUUUAUGAACGUAUAAUUGAAGCUCCUGUAAUUUCAGAAUUUCAACCAGGUGGUUUAACUAUUAAUCAACAACAUUAUCAUACUAUUGAUUUUAAUUCAACCUCAUCAUCUCAUUUAUCUAAUACAAUUUAUAGUGAACAACCAAAUUCUUCUCAUAAUAUAGAAUAUCAAAGAUCAUCUGUAUUUGAUCAAUUUACAUGGUUAACACAACAACAAUUAGAAGCAAUCGAACAACAAACUUUACAACAAAUACAAAAUCAUCAACAUUAUAUAUCUUACCAACAACAACAACAACAACCACAAGUGAAUACGUUUAUACAAACUCCAUUACAAUUAACAACACCAUAUCUUAUUGUUAAUUAUCCACCAGUUACAAAAACAAUAACAACAUAUAGACAAAUAGAAGAUAUUCAACCAAAUUUUUUUUAUACACCAAUAUUUAUGUAUCCUUCUUAUACAUAA